GCAUGAAGUUUGAUGAUAUUUUAAAACACAUCGGUGAGUUUGGAUACUACCAAAAACGGCUCUAUUUGUUACUAUGUUUGCCAGCUAUCAGUACAGGAUGUUUUAUGAUGAUGUUGAUCUUUGUUAUGCAUGCUCCGGAUCACAGAUGUCAGAUACCUGGUUUUAACAAUGAUACUUACAAAGUACAGAACGACCAGCAUGCCAGUAUUGUUAACAAAACUAUUCCACCAUCCCAUGAUGAGAUACACAAGUAUGAUCGUUGUCAUUACUAUCUAUACAGGAAUAACACCAGAUACAUGGUAAAAUGUUCCGAAUGGGUGUAUGAUACCAACACAUUUCAUGAAACUUUCACUUCAAAGAUGAACCUUGUUUGCGAUGAUGCAAUUAAAACCUCACAUGCACAGAUGCUAUUCUAUGGAGGAGUUCUUGUUGGUGAUGUCUCUUUUGGAAUAUUAUCAGACAAAAUUGGAAGAAAGAAAACGUUUUUGUUAUCAACUAUUAUAACAUUAGGACUGGCUGUAGGUGUAGCAUUCUCGCAGACCUUUUUGGUAUUUGUAAUACUUGAGUUCAUGAUUGGUGCUGCACAUCACGGUGGAAUUAUGAUAUGUUGUGUCAUGAGUUUGGAGUAUGUUGGACCAUCUAAGAGAGUCCUUACUGGAAUUCCUAUACAUAUCUUCUUUUCGUUUGGUAUAAUGUAUAUAGCAUUAAUGGGUUAUCUUCUGCGUAACUGGUUUUAUGUUCAGCUGGCAGUAAGCGCUCCGUUUGCAGUUUUCUUAUUGUAUUGGUGGAUGAUACCAGAAUCAUCUAGAUGGCUAUUAAGCCAGGGAAAAUAUGAUGGUGCUGAAAAAAUAAUACAACGAAUAGCAAAGGUCAACAAGAAAAAGAUCCCAUCUAGAAUAAUUGAUGAACAGACACAAGACACUCCAAAGACGGCAAACGUGUAUCAUUUGUUUUCUACCUUAGAAAUGUCUAAAAGAACAAUAAUACUUCUAUGGAACUGGGUAGUGGUUGCUAUGGUAUAUUAUGGAGUAACGAUGCAUAUUGCUGGAAAUUUUUACCUGAACUUUUUCAUACUAGCUAUCGUAGAAAUUCCUGCAAAACUGUUUGUAAUUGCAACAAUAAACCGUGCUGGAAGAAAAAAGGUGCAUUGUUUCUGUAUGGUUGUUGGAGGUGUAGCUUGUCUAUGUACAAUAUUUACAGUUCUAUAUGGAGGUGAUGAAUUGCAACCUCUGACUUUAACUUUGGCCAUCAUUGGAAAAAUGGGUUCAUCUGCAGCUUUCGCUCUUAUUUAUGUAUAUUCUAUGGAAUUGUACCCGACUGUGGUCCGAAAUAGUGGAAUGGGUUUAAGCUCCUGUAUUGCACGAAUUGGUGGAAUGGUUGCUCCUUAUGUAGCUCAAUCAGGUGAUGUUGUUGGCGGUAAAUUCGGACAAGCUUUACCAUUAGUUAUAUUUGGUGGUUGUUCAGUUUUUGCUGGACUACUUUGCUUGCUCCUUCCAGAAACCUUAAAUAGGAAAUUACCCGAAACAGUAAGAGAAGCCAAAGAUUUUACAAAAAAAUUAGACCUCGACGAUACAGAUCAAGAAAACAUCAAACUAAACAAAUACCUCUGCAAUAGUGAAAAUGGAACGGAGAAAAUAUACACCGUUUCAUCUUGAAAAGUAUAACAAAUAUAUUUGAAGGUCUGAAAGCAUCAAAAAUAGAAAUGUACAUUCUUAUAUAUAUGUAUACAUAUAUUACAUGUUUUUUGUUGAAAUAGUAUACAUUUUUGUAUAGCCAACUAAAACUAUAGCUAGGCUCUGGUGCGAAUUUUCUGGAUCCGUUGAAGACCUAUUGGUGGCCUUCUGAUGUUUUUGUUCGGGUUUUUGUCUUUUUUUACACUUUCCUUGUUUCUAUUCUUAAUUCUAUAAUGGUUCUCUUUACUGCACUUUUCUAUAGUAAUAAAGUGGUAUCUAUGUUUUAAAAAGGUUUAUCCGCGCAAUGCAUCUGCCAAUGGACUUGUUCGUCAUUAAUGCCUUUUAAUAUUGUACUGUAUCUUAUUUUACUUUUCGUAUUUUCUAUUCUUUUGUUCUUAUCCUUCUUGGAAUGAUGUAUCAUAAAUAAAAGUUAACGCUGA